AUGUUAACGCUUCUAAUUGUAUCUGCGUUGUUAACUACUAAUGUUAGUGCUCUAAAACGUGAAGAUUUAGGAUUUUUGUCCACCAACAUUGACCAUGUUCUUCGUAGCUACAGUAGCCUGUCAUCAGACACUAAAAGAGCCGCGGAUUUGGCUGCAAAAGUUGGUCAAAAUGUGCUUUUAGACGAACGGAAAGCUUACGAAAAAUUUUUUGUUCAUAUACUGGAGUAAGUUUGGUUUUACUUACAGAAACACUCUUGUAUAACGAAUCGUUUCGGUGUAUUAAGUUUGUUCGUUUUGAAGGAUUUUCGGUAUAGAAACACACCUAAAUGGGUUUAUAUUACAUUAUUCAGGUUCAACAAGACGUACAAUACUGACGCAGAAGUAAAGUUCAGAUUUAAUGUUAUAAAGGAAGCCUUUAAGAAGAUUGAUAAAUAUCAAAAGGCGAACCCAGAAGCCCAGUAUGGUUUGACUCAUUUAUCUGACAUGACUGAUGGCGAGUUUUACAGAUUUUACGCUAACUUGAACCACAAGCAAUUACCAACAUAUUUUAGAAGCGAUCGUAUGUUACAUUUUUAUAUACAGGCCCAGCCGGGCCUCUUAGACCUCAUAAAAAAUAGACGUUGACAGCCUAACAAAGAUUGGAAUAUUUUUAAAUUAAAAACAAAAACAACCACAUUUCUAAAAGUUUUUAUUUGAGGAUCCUCAAACACUGUACCAACAAACUUUAAAGCACCCAGCCGACUAGAUUACCGUGAACAAGGAAAAGUCACCAAAGUAAAAGAUCAAGGACGUUGCGGCUCUUCUUAUGCCUUCGCCGCUGUAGCAGUAAUCGAAAGUCUCUACGCAAUACAUAGAAAUCACACUCCUAUAGACUUGAGUGUUCAACAAGCGAUUUCAUGCACAAUUGGAAAUAGAUAUAACCACGGAUGCCUUGGAGGACAUCCAGCGGCAAUAUUUCGGUAUUUCGAAGGGAACGGUAUCACAAGCUGGGACAACUUUCCUUACAAUGCUAGCGGUCCACCUAUCCCACCGUGCCUUACCGACUUGCCGGUUGUGACACAACUCAGCGGCUCCAAACCGGUAGAAGAAAAUGAAAACAAAAUGCUGGAGAAUUUGGCGCUUAACGGACCUAUCGUGUCCACCAUCAAUGCGGAUCCAUUAAUACACUACAGAGGAGGGAUUGUUCAUGGCGUUGAAGGUGGCAGAAAUCAUGCUGUUAUGAUUGUGGGCUACGGUGAAGAGGAAGAAGAUCAUUGGAUUGUGAAGAACUCUUGGGGCGAGGUUUGGGGUGAAAAAGGCUACUUCAGAGUUGGUAGAGGUCACAAUGACCUGAGAAUUUCCGAAGACAACUAUGCUGCUUAUAUUGAUGACUAA